AUCGAAAACGUCACAUCCGGUUAGUGGCUCAAUGGAAGUUGGAACAUGUUUACUUUAGGAAGAUCCAGUUUGUUCAGGUACCUAUGUCUCUUUGUGGUAUUGCCGAGCUCCUUUUGCCAACCGGGCAUGGGAAUGCUCUUCCCCCGGGAGUCGUCUUCUCGAGAAGUGAAGGAUCUGAGCGGCCUUUGGAGCUUCAGAGCGGAUAAGUCGCCAAACAGGAAGCAAGGCUUCGAGAAGUCUUGGUACAAAAGUCGCCUGGCUGAGACUGGCCCCGUGAUAGACAUGGCCGUUCCUGCCAGCUUCAACGACAUGACACAAGACCCCACAUUACGAGACUUCAUCGGCUGGGUGUGGUACGAGCGAGAGGUGGUGUUGCCCUCUCGCUGGGUCACAGAUGAAGGAACAAGAGUGGUUCUCCGAGUGGGAAGUGCUCACUAUUAUUCAGUGGUGUGGGUCAACGGGGUGAAAGUGACCGAGCACAACGGUGGCCAUCUUCCCUUUGAGGCAGAAAUAGGCAGUGUGAUCCGAGAGGACCCGACAAGCCCCUGCAGGAUAACCAUCGCGGUCAACAACACUCUCACUUUAGAGACUCUCCCACCUGGGACCAUUCAGUACUUCAAUGACCCCACUAAGUAUCCUGAUGGCUUUUUUGUGCAAAACAUCAACUUUGAUUUCUUCAACUAUGCUGGGAUUCACCGCCCUGUAUUGCUGUACACUACUCCCAAGGCUUACGUAGAUGACAUCACAGUGGUGACGGACUUCUCGGAUAGCACAGGUCUAGUCAACUACAAGAUAUCAGUCCAAAAUGCUGCUGAGGCCACCGUGAAGGUCACUUUGAUGGACAAAGACAGACAUUGCGUGGCUUCCUCCAACGAGCUUUCUGGGGUGCUCAAAAUCACAGAUGUCAAACUCUGGUGGCCGUACUUGAUGCACGACAAUCCAGCUUAUCUUUACUCUUUGGAGGUUCACUUGAUGGCAGCAGAUGAUAGAUCAACUUAUACAGAUGUCUACGCUCUGCCAGUUGGCAUCCGCACCGUCCGUGUCACGAGCAGUCAAUUCCUCAUCAACAACAAGCCCUUCUAUUUCCACGGGGUCAAUAAGCACGAGGACUCUGACAUUCGAGGUAAAGGAUUUGACUGGCCCCUGAUUGUCAAAGACUUCAACUUAAUGAAGUGGUUGGGAGUCAACUCGUUCCGAACCAGCCACUACCCCUAUGCGGAGGAGAUUCUGCAGAUGUGUGAUCGCCACGGCAUAGUGGUCAUCGAUGAAUGCCCGGGGGUGGGCAUCAAAGACAUUCGUAGUUUUGGCAACGCCUCCCUGGCCCAUCAUCUUGAUGUCAUGGAUGAGCUUGUGCGACGGGACAAGAACCAUCCCUCUGUGGUCAUGUGGUCAGUGGCUAAUGAGCCGGCGUCAGAGAUGCCUCCUGCUGAAUUGUAUUUCAAGACUUUAAUAACACAUACUAGAGAUAUGGACCCGACCAGGCCUGUGACUUAUGUCACAGAUAGUAACUAUGCCAGAGACAGAGGGGCCCCCUACGUGGACGUGAUCUGCGUGAACAGUUACUUCUCCUGGUACCAUGAUCCAGGCCAUGUGGAGGUCAUCCCGAUCCAGCUCAACACCCAGUUCGAGAACUGGUACGGGAAGUACCAGAAGCCCAUCAUCCAGAGUGAAUACGGAGCUGACACGGUGCCGGGCCUUCAUAGUGACCCACCCAUGAUGUUUACCGAGGAGUACCAGAAUGUGGUCCUGCAGAGCUACCACAACGUGUUCGACCAGAAGAGGAAGAAGUAUGUCAUCGGUGAACUCAUCUGGAACUUUGCCGACUUUAUGACUGUCCAAGGGAUCACUCGCGUGGUGGGCAACAAGAAAGGCAUCUUCAGCAGGCAAAGACAACCCAAAGCAGCGGCCUUCAUCUUGAAGGAAAGAUACUGGAAGCUCGCAAAUGAAACGGGGAUGAUCCCUUCUUGGUUAAAGUAUCCCUGUGGACUCUGACAACCGCGGCGCCAGCGCCAAUCAUCAACAAAUCGACUUGUUUACGGCUUCCCAAACGCAUUGAAUCACCAGCAAAAUUGUUCAUAUGUGUGAUAGUUUCUAACACUUUCAGAAGUGGAAUGACCACCUCAAUUUUCUUCAGUGUUCAUCAUUGUCCGGUUAUCAUUGCAUAAAAUUGAAUGUUAAAUUCCAGGAGGUGAAAGAUCUGGAUUUUUUAUUUUUUUAAUGGACUCAUUUUGCACUGUUUGAUAAAUUCUGAUUUCCAACUUAUUUCAAAAAGUUACUGAUGUUAAAAUGUGUAAAAAAAAAAAAAAUUAAAAAUGCAUUUUUGAUCAAGAGACUUGAUUUUUUUUAACAUGAUUACAAAUUGUGUUAAAGCACUGUGGAGCAUUAAGUUAGGUUAUCAAAAGUUUUUAUAACUCAACUAAAUUCACAAGCAAUAAUUUGACAAAUGGCACAAUUGCAAAAAUUGAGUUUUGCAUGGAUCGACAUAUUUUAGUCAUUGAUGAUGGCGCACGUUGGCGUUCCAGUACACACCUGCUUCACGGGAUGCUGUUUAUCUUUCAACUGUUCGCCAAAUGCUUUCAAAGUCCUACUCAAUGGACAUUUUAGACAAGAUAGUCUUUAGUACAGUACUUGGUAUUUGUCUUCAUUAUUUCCAACUAAAAGAAAAAUAUAUACUGUAUAUUAUAUUUUUCAUUGAAAUGACUUCCACCGAGUUGGUUUCUGAGGGAAUGUUUUAAUGUUUGAUCAUUUCCACGACAGUGCCACCGAUUUCAAUCUUCUCAUGUCAGUCUCAUCCAGUUUUCCCUUAAAGUUUGAACACGCCCUCCUGCAAUUGGGUGUAACACUUUUCCAAGUAAGAAAAUACCGCGUUUUAUAACACAUUUGGCAAUACAGAAGCAAACCCAGUAAGUUUUCCUCCACAAGAAAAAAAAAAUCCGAAACACACUUUAACGCAAGUUUUUUGUUUUGUUUUUAACUAAAAUGAUCCAGAACGUUAACAGUCCAUACAGCUAAAGGGCCUAAAGAUGCAGAACAUUGCAAUCCUUUUGAUGAAACCUGUAUACCUUCCUAUCAUGUCCCACAGGUAGACAAAAUUGAACACUUAACAGUGUAGUUUACGUCAGAGAUAUGGAAUGGCCAAUUUGCUUGACAGGGAUUUAGGUUUGGUCAUUUUGGGAGGGGCAAUAUUUCCGAAUUCUCCAUUUCAAUUGUCAGGGAAGGAAACAAAAGUGCCUGUUACAUUGGUCAUUUGAAAGGCUAUCACUUGCCCGUCUUUUGGCUCAAGGCCUGGUGAUCAAACAGAAGGCACUUAAGUUGACAGUGGUGAUGCAACUUGCAUGGCAGUUAUCCUCGGAGCCUCACUCAAUAUUGAACAAAUACAACUGAGAAACAUUUUUUUCCUAUUUAACAUUAAAUGCACCCCCCCUCAAAAAAAA